AUGAAUGCCUUCGAUCCUGCACAUUUCGUCGACAUGGAGUUCAACGUGAGUUCACAUUUGAAAUGUUUCGUUUACGGAAAACUUAUUUAUUUGAAAAACUCAAAGCCAUAUGACAAAUUGUCGAAAUUUUCGUGUUCUUCGAUCAUUGCGCACCUCGUGGGCGCAAUGAACCGUAGGCAAAAACGGUUUCCUUAGAGAACAACUUCUCGAGAAGGGGGUAAACUUUGUUGCAACAUGCAUGCCACAGUAACAUUUGAAAGAUCUACGGUUUCUAAAGAGUAGAGAGUUUUGAGCGUCGAGUUUCACGUUUUCUUGAAAACAACCAGUCAUAAUCAUAACAAAACAUUCCCUUCUUUGCUUAUUCUUUUCUUUUUUUCAUUGCAACUACUAAUGUUAUUCUUUUCAAGAAUCUACAUCCCGCAGAAAACGGGAAAAUCAUUCGGAAAUGUACACGGAAGCCUCUUUCAUGCUCCGUUCUUCUGAAACUGAAACUCAAUCCCGCCUCCAUUUCGAUUCCAUUUCUUCAUUAAACUUGCCUGCCAUCCACCCCAAAGACGUGUUACGUUCAUUCUGAAUUCUAUGCCAAACAUAUCUAAUUACAUGCGACCCCAUGACAUCCCUUGCUCUUCUCCAUGUCAAAUCCACUUUUGCUCUCGAUUCUUAAUCCGCCGUGACCGUUGUUUUCGAGUCCAUUUAGAAGAUUAGUCAUGAGUUAGCACAUUAUUUCAUUGCGUAGGUCAGAAACUGAAAGAUUAAUGCUGCAAACAAGUGACUUUUUUAGUGGAUAGCGAGCAGAGAAGGAAAGACGGCUAAUUUCCGCGAGAGCUUUCGCAUUGUGCUUCGCUUUUUUCUUUCAUGCUUCGAGUAGGAUGUUUUUGUGUCCAUUCAAAGCCAAAUCGAUAGCUGUCCCCAACUCUCGGACACUUUUUUCGCCAAAAAACUUGACAUUUUUGCGUCGUCGCAGAAGAACUUUUACUCCAUAACGUUUGAUUUAUGAGUUGGAGUCUUUGUUCGCUCUGCGCCUUUCCUUGCUAACAAAUUCUUUGAAACGCAUUUGUCAUUGUCUUUCCCCCUCCCAAACGGAAGUCUUCCAAAUGGAACAUUAGAGUUCAGAGCUCUGCACCGAACAUCAGAAUUCUUCCCCCUUCGGCAUUUCAGCUGAGAGAAAUGAAGUUAAUUAGCGGAGGGAAAAUGCGUGCAAAACGAAACGAGGCAAGAAACAAAAAGGCAGCAACCAAAAGUCCAAAGCUCACAAUCUCAUAUUUUGAGCCGAGAGAAAAGAGUAACAGAAGCGUCCAAAUCUAUUUAUCUUGGUCGCAAAAAUAUGAAUUUCACGGCUAUUCUGUUGUUUCUUUCUCGAAACUUGUUUGAAAAAAGUUACAUAAAGCAAGAAAACAAAUAAAGUUUUGUCCUGAAACAACCUGAGAACAGAUAGUUGCUCAUUGACUUGUCGGUCAACACAUUUGAAAGAUAGUUCUUCAAAAAUCUCAGUUUUUUUAGUAUUGGUUCUCGAAUGUGUCAUUUUACGAUCCAUAGUUUUAACGGCGUCCUUUAUUUGAUCGGCCUUUAGUUUUAGUUUUAAUUUCCGUUUCUGUUCCCCCAAUAGUUUCAUGAAAAGUUUGGCCGUAGGUCAUGUGGAACCCUUUACUUUACGCUCAUAACUUAUUAAUAUCAAACUGCGAGUGGCACCAAUGGAUGCAUACCAAUUUUUGCACAAGUUUUGGAGAGCAUCCUCCUUGAGAAUGAAAAAGAAGGGGUUUUGGAAAGAAACUUGAAUAAAGCAAGACAUGUUUGUUGCGAGUGUAAAAGAAAACAGAAAUGAAGAUGAAAUCAUUCAACGUUUUCGAUUUUCACUAGAUCGUUGAGAUAAAGGAAGUUCAUCUGUCUUAUGCAUUUCCGGAUUAAUAACGUCAUCUAAAAACAUGAUCUGUGACUCCCUAGAACUUAUUUCCUCUAAAUAACUUGUCCGAGAAUGCCCUCGGACCUUGCUUGUUCCUCCAUAUCCCGCGUCUCCUUCUUCCGUCUUUAGCUCCUCGAAACGGGCCAGCCUCCCCCCACGUUGCCGCCCGGAGCACAGCUCAGUCUCGUGGCGAUUCCCACGGCGCAUCAACGCCUUGUUCGUGUGUCUUUCUGCUCCGCUCCGACAACAGUGCCAAUAAACAUCUGGCCCCAUUCUUUCUCAUUUACUCCCUUACUCAUCGCACUUAUUCCAUUUUGUUUGCAUCGUUGAGCUUGGACAAGAGGCCAAAAAUGAUGCAGUCACCUGUUGUGAGUCAGAAUAAUUCAAAGUAGUUCUAGCAAAACGCGUUUAUUACGCAAAUAGGCGGAAUCCGCAGAAAGCUGUCAGCUCAAUCGGUCAAUCCGUAACCCGAAAACAUGAUUUAGUAUGAGACUAUUCAGUUACGAAUAUGGUUAUCAUUCGGUGUAUUUCUCCUGAAUUCUGUUUCUCUACCUAUUUCACAUAUUUCAAAGUGGGUAGAGUGGUUCUAAAGCACAAAUAUUGUAAUAAUUGAAUUAUUUUUCAUAGUUUUUUCAGCUUUUCGACAUGGUUGAUCAUCCGGAUGCUCAGGAAGAGAUGAUGAACUUCAACUUUGCAAAGAACGGAGACGGUGGGUAAUGGAGACUUCUCUCUCUCUCUUUUUUUUCUGCUCUUUCUCUCCCGUCAUAUGUUCGGUGCUCUCCCCAUGCCAACAGGCGAUAUAACACAAAAACAAACUCUCCUUCCAUCGUUAUUAUCUCUUCUCAUUUCCACGGGCCGCCAAACACAAGAGAAUUGAGAGCGCCUCUUUACCUCCCCAAUAAUCACCUUGAUGCCUCGAGUCCGCAUUACCCCGGAGCUAUUGAAGCUGGCGACUGAUUCAACCAUCCCACGCAUUCAUGCGACUCAUCAGGUCCCAUUUAAGCUAACUACUACACAAACUAUAAUAACUGCUACCCCCACAAAGCUCGCGGAGAUCAUGGGUUCUGAACCGGAGGAAGUUGCAGACAGUGCUCUUCGCAACGAGCUCCUCGCUCUCGUCGUUCUUCUCUUCCUUCUCGUCAUCGGAGUCAUCAUCUACUUGGUUUUCCGCUCGAUGGUCUACAUCAAAAAGGUAAGUGGCUUUACUGAACCCGAUCCCUUCCGGUUCUUUUCAAACGUGCCCGCUUGCAAGAUUUUGUGCUGUGAAGAGAAAACUGCUGAGAAUUGAGUUCGCGGCGGGUAUAAUCGAAUUGAAGUAUGGCUUCCGCUUCUGCGUGCUCGAAUCACCAGAGAUUACUGCAAAAAGGAAGCUAUACUUCUUACUGCGCAUAUUUCACUUCUUUUGGACGUAAAAGAAGAUGAGCCUUUAAGUCACUUCUGACACCAUCGAUCAAACCCGCACGCACAUUUUUCUGCCGAAAAAGAAAAGCUAUAUUCAGAAUUGCAAGCGUAUCUCAUUCAUUCCACUAAUUUUGUACUUUUCAGGAGAAAGCCCAAGAACGUCUACCAAUCAACACCUUCUCCCCAAUUAAUUUGCCAUAA